AUGGCUACAACCAACAGGGUCCAGCCGCGAAAGCGAGACAAGAGCGACCAGACCACCAUCACCAAGCUGCCUGACAACACCAAUGAAUCAGUAAUUGAUUUUUCAAAGGAGCAUAUCAUUGGUGGCUGGCGGCAAGGCAUGGAUCCUCGAGUCGAUUAUUCGGGUCAUUUCGAGUUUGGCGGUUCUCUCGGGUGCCUGGGACUAAUGAUAGGCUUCCCUCUCUUGAUGUGGUACAUGUGGAUCGGUGCUACCUACUACGAUGGAAAGCUUCCUCUUCCUGAAGACGGUCAAUCAUGGCUUGAUUUUGGUAGGCACUUGGUGUAUCUGGUAUACACGGGUGCAUUCCCCCAUCUCCGAGCAUGGCGGAUUUACUGGACCUACUUCAUCUUCGAGGCUGCGUGCUACGUGCUCUUGCCGGGGUUCACCUGCUAUGGUAAACCCCUCCUUCACCUGGGUGGGAAACAAUUAAAGUACCACUGCUCCGCCUAUGCUAGCUUCUACCUCACUAUUGUGGUGAUGGCCGUCCUGCAUGGCUCUGGGUUGUUCCCGAUAUACACUUUCUUGGACGAAUUUGGCCCAUUGAUGUCCGUGGCUAUCAUUUCCGGCUUCCUCGCCAGCUUUAUGACUUAUGUCUCUGCUUUUGCUCGUGGUGCCCAGCACCGGAUCACCGGUUAUCCUAUCUAUGACUUUUUCAUGGGAGCUGAACUGAACCCUCGUCUGUUCGGUAUCCUCGACUUUAAAAUGUUCUAUGAAGUCCGAAUCCCAUGGUUUAUGAUGUUCGGUCUAAGCUGUGCUGCAGCAACUCGCCAGUAUGAACAGUAUGGAUAUGUUUCUGGAGAGGUACUGUUCCUUGUCAUGGCCCAUUACACUUAUGCCAACGCUUGCUCCAAGGCGGAGCAUCUGAUUACAACAACCUGGGACAUGUAUCAAGAGAAACUCGGAUUCAUGCUGACGUUCUGGAAUAUGGCGGGCGUUCCCAUGUCAUAUUGUCACUGCACUUUGUACCUGGCAAACCACCACCCCUCCACAUAUGCUUGGAAUAAGUACGCGCUCGCUGCACUAUUCGUGUCCUAUCUCUUCGUAUACUGGGUCUGGGACUCGGCCAACAGCCAGAAGAAUGUCUUCCGCAUGAUGGAACGUGGUACCUGGGUGAAGCGUCAUACCUUCCCCCAGCUGCCCUGGCAGGAGCUUCACAAUCCGAAGACGAUUGUGAGUGAGAAUGGCGACACGAUUCUCGCAGAUGGAUGGUAUGGACUGGCGCGCAAGGUCCACUAUUCCUGCGAUAUGUUCUUUGCGAUCUCGUGGGGCCUGAUCACCGGUUUCAACAGCCCAUUUCCGUGGUUCUACCCGGUGUUUUUCAGUGUCAUGAUUGCCCACCGAGCUAUGCGGGAUAUUCAUAAAUGCAGGACCAAGUACGGUGAUGCAUGGAAGCAGUAUGAGAAACAGGUCCCUUAUCUUUUCAUUCCAGUAAGAAUACCCAACGAUUCGUAG